AUUUACAUCUGAUCAAUACCCAUAUGUCAACAAAUUGAACAAAUUCAAAAUAAGUAAAAUAUUUAGGUUUUCUAGAAUAUAAAUGUACUAUAAGCUAAGUUAUUAAAUUUCUGAUCGACUUCGCCAUAAAUAUACUUGGAAAAUGGCUGUGGAAGGGCCCGAGAGACCUAAGCCCUUGCCUGUUGCAAAGAAAUCACGAAUGGAAAUGAAUGUAAGGCUACUAUUGAAUAAAUGCGAGCUGAUGGCCAAACAGGAACCUAUUGACAACAAUUGUAGGCUCGAGCAAUACGUAGAAACUUUGACUGAAAUGAUAGCAGAACUCAAAACUUCUAAAGACAAACCACCAAAGGAACAGUUAGCAGAAUAUAUAAAAAGAGCCUCAUUCUUGAAAGGUGUUGUUCAAACAGCUUCAUUGAACACUCCCAGUGAAAAGUUGGAAGCAGUUCAGUUAUUAUCACAUGGAGCAGCUACCAUGUCUGCUGAUGCAUCAGCUCAAGAGAUACACCAGAAGACUAGAGUAAAAUAUGGAGUUGAACUUAGAUCUGAAUUAUUUGGACUAGAAGACAGCGAUGACACACUACGAAAAAGGAAUAUCAUCAAAGCACCAAACUUCACAAGCAAUAGUAGCGGCCAGGAGGAUAUAGACUCCUUGCUCAAAUACCACCAGAAUAUGCAGGAGAAAGUUGCGGAGAACAUGGUGUUACUCACCAAGAGCUUGAAGGAACAGUCUCAGAUUGCCAGCACGAUUAUCAAAGGGGAUACUGAGGCUUUGAAGAAAUCCUCGGAGCUGACAGAUCGUAAUAUUUCCUCAUUGAAAGUGGAAUCAGAUAGACUGCAGGAGCACAGUAAGAGUGCUUGGAAAUGCUGGCUGUGGAUCAUGCUGGCUAUUGUAAUGGCUAUCUUUAUAAAUAUGGUGCUAUUCAUGAAGGUUAUGAAAAAAAAGGUAGUCACGUAAAGGUAUGUUUUUUAAUUCCAUGUGAUAAGCAGAAAGUGACAAGGUCAUGCAUUGUAUCUAGUUCAAUACUUAUAAUAUAUUAUGUGUAAUAUAUCUGUAGUUAUAAAUUAUAACUUUUUUUAUAAAUAUAAUAUUUAACUUAUAAAUGUUAUUUAAUUUAUCUGUUAGUUUGGAUAUAAAAUAAACUUUCUCUCUAUACUUAAUGUUUUUUUUUAUCUAUCUAUCUUAUAAGAAACUAUAUUUUUUCUGUAAAUAAUUAUUUUAAACAACUAACUAAAAUAAAUAAAUAUAUCAACAUCAAUCUCAGUGUUUCGCAUGUAAAAUGUAAUUUUUUAACCAAAUUUGUUUUACUUCGACAUGCCAAUUUGACAAUUUGGUCCAUUAAUUUUACUGCUACAUUUAUUUAGAGACUACUGUCUCUCUAUUUAG